AACUGAUGGGGUAGUGGAUCACAUGACCAGUGUUAUUGUCACCCAUAACACAAGUAAGUCAAAGUUUGUUGUCAUUGUCACAAGUAAAUCAAAGUUUGUUGCCAAUGACAGAAGUAAGUCAAAGUUUGUUGUCAUUGUCACAAGUAAGUCAAUGUUUGUUGCCAGUGACAGAAGUAAGUCAAUGUUUGAUGCCAAUGACUGAAGUAAGUCAAUGUUUGCUGCCAAUGACAGAAGAAAGUUAAUGUUUGUUGCCAAUGACUGAAGUAAGUCAAUGUUUGCUGCCAAUGACAGAAGAAAGUUAAUGUUUGUUGCCAAUGACAGAAGUAAGUCAAUGUUUGAUGCCAAUGACAGAAGUAAGUCAAUGUUUGUUGCCAAUGACAGAAGUAAGUCAAUGUUUGCUGCCAAUGACAGAAGUAAGUCAAUGUUUGCUGCCAAUGACAGAAGUAAGUCAAUGUUUUUUGCCAAUAACAGACGUAAGUCAAUGUUUGUUGCCAAUGACAGAAGUAAGUCAAUGUUUAUUGCCAAUGACAGAAGUAAGUCAAUGUUUGUUGUCAAUGACAGAAGUAAGUAAAGGUUUGGUACAAAAGACACAUGCACGGCAAGGUUUGUUACCCUUGAUAUACGAUAAUUUGUUUGCAUGACCCUGUUAAUGGUGCAUUGUUUAUAUGACCCCCGUGACCUCUCUCCUGUUUACGUGACCCUAUGUCCCAUGUUUGUUUACAUGACCGCGUGCACUGUCUUUCUUUACAUAGGCAUUAGGCCCGUGUUAGCCUAAACGACCUUUUGACCCGUUUUUUGUCUCGACCACCACGUGAGCGCUCUUUGUCUCGACGACAACGGGACCUGUCUUUGUCUAGACGACCACGUGAUCUGUCUUUGUCUAAACAAACACAUGACCUGUCCUUCUGUACAUAUUUUUGCAGCUCCUACUGGCACCGUGUUCAAUAUCGAGCCCAUCUCCGUCCAGCCCAACUCUGCCCAGCUGGUGUGGCAGCCACCGCUAUGUGAGUCCAAGGGCGGCCUGCUCUACAAGUACGACAUUGAAAUGGCUCCAGUGACGUCACCAAUGAAGCAAGUAUAACACUACAUUUUAAAUAAAAUAAAAAAAAUCUAUCCACAGCCAAAAUUACACAUUGUUUAAUAGCUGUCAACAGCAACAUAACUGUUUUUUUUUAAAAACAGCUAUUAUAAGCAAGAAAUACACAUUUUUAAAUAGCUUUUAAAAGCAAGAAAUACACAUUUUUAUAAAAGUUAAGAAGAGCAAGAAUAACACAUUGCUAAAUAGCUAUUAACAGCAAUAAUUACACUUUGUUGCUCCUGAGCCUCAAGUUACUGCUCAUCAGCCUCAAGAUGGGGCCCAUCAGCCUCAAGAUGCGGCCCAUCAGCCUCAAGAUGGGGCUCAUCGGCCUCAAGACGGGGCCCAUCGUCCUCAAGAUUGGGCUCAUCGGCCUCAAGCCUGCUCUAUGUUCAACAAGUCUCCCAAGUCAGAUCUCACUGCUACGUUUAAUUCCCCGACUGACUGCAGUUUGUACGCGCCUCCCCUCCACCCCCAUCCCCCGGGGGGGGGGGGGCACCUAUCUUGUUCCAUCCCUCAGCCAAAGCAUUAGUGUGGUAUAAAGAGAAACCUUGACAAAUUCAACUAAACAUAAAAGUAGCGAAACGAAUAUACAUUUUGAGUCGCUUUAUUUAUUUGCAUCGUUCUAUUUCAGCGUCCUGUUCAUGUCAGCCAACUCAGAGUAUGUGUCACUGACAGAUCUCACCCCGUACACGAGGUAUCAGAUCCGUGUCCGCUAUGUCAACGGCGUGGGUUCGGGACCAUUCUGUCCUUUUGUUGUGUUUGAGACCACGCAGGGACGUAAGUUGUGUUUGAGACCACACAGGGACUAAAGUUGUGCUUGAGACCACACAGGGACGUAAGUUAUGUUUGAGACCACACAGGGACGUAAGUUAUGCUUGAGACAACACAGGGACGUAACUUUGUGCUUGAGACUAUACAGGGACGUAAGUUGUGUUUGAGACCACACAGGGACGUAAGUUGUGCUUGAGACCACGCAGGGGCGUAAGUUUGUUUGAGACCACGCAGUGACGUAAGUUAUGUUUAAGACAACACACGGACGUAAGUUGUGUUUAAGACAACACAGGGACGUAAGUUGUGUUUAAGACCACACAGGGACGUCAGUUGUGUUUGAGACAACACAGGGACAUACGUAGUGUUCGAGACCACUCAUUGUAUAUUAAUUCUAGGUUAGAUGUGUUCAGAUAUGGGAUUCAUCGUGUAAUUUGUGUGAACUUGCCUCAAACCUUAUUGUCAGUCGCCUUAGUUAUCGUACACUGAAUUCUUGGCUGGCCUACCUUACGGUUUAAACAAUAUCUUACCUGGACACACUGAAAUAACCGUUCAAACACAUUGAACAUAAUUUUUUUUUUUUUUUUUUGUUGGGGGGUGGGGGCGGUCUUCGGUGAGAUAGUAAUAAGUCCAGUGAAAUUUUACGACGAAUUAAGAAAACAAUUUUCCUAAUGUCGAAACUUCCAUUUUGUUUGCUGAUUUCGUGCUAUGAGUUCAACCAAUCCACAUCUCCAAUGUGUUACCCCCUCACCAGCCCCGUCUGCACCCAUCAUCUACAACUUUACAUACGACGACACCACCAUAGGGGUCAUCAUCGUCCAGCCGGUGCUGCCCAACGGACGCAUUGACCAGUAUCACAUCCAGGUGAGCUGUUCCAUUUGGUUACCUUUAAGCAGUUUUGGGACACAGGCAAAUUAUUGCACAAUUAACUUCUCGUGAUAAUUCUUACGAGAGUUCGGGAGACAUAGGAAAGGGGGCGUAAAGAAAAGAGUGGGGUGCACCAUGGGUACCAACUCCAAAGACAUUGAAAAAAAAUCUAUAUUUAAGAUUUAAGUAUCAAUACAGUGCUCUGUAGCCAUUUUUCACCGACCGGGCGCCAAAAACCUGUACAGAAUUCCUCGGAACCUCCCCUACACAAAACAUGUGUUUUUAGAGUCUUAGUGUGAAAUUGAAAUGACCCAGAAUAAAAUAUAUAAUAAAUAACACAUUUUUAAUGAACGUUGAUAAAAUCAUAAUAAUCACUAAGAAAAAAAAAUUGUCUUUUCCUGUUCAACUUUGUUUUUUUUCCCCAGCUGACCGGAGGUGUCCACCACAUGUCCAACCUGUACACUCCUUUAAAUGGCACCGAAUACGUCAUUGGUAAUCUCAAACCCAACACGACGUACAGGAUACGGGUACGUCACUAAGUCUAUCCUGACCAAACUAAUAAACCAGCCAGCAGCAGUCUGAUGACGUCAUCAAAUGACUCAAUGAGCGAUUAAGCUUCUCUCUGAAAAGGAUUCAUUGAAGUUCUAUAACUAUAGUACGCAGUAGAAUGGCAGAAUGAUCAAUGCAUUGAUCGUGGGCCCUCAAAAUACAGAAGAAGAAGAGUAGAGUGGUGUAAAAUACUACUGUCGUGUUACAGAUUUCAAUGUGUUGUCACAAGUAGAUGUUGUAGGACUGACGUCAAACAAGCGUUUUCCUUUCCCAAACCUUCGCCCUUUAUAUUCAAAAUGCAUGCACAAAACAUAUAAUGAAAUAUGUCAAGGGCACAUACCAAACUGGUCCAACACAAUGAUAUAGUCAAUGGUCUAGCAAGGACACAUACCAAACUGGUCCAACACAAUGAUCUAGUCAAUAGCCUAACAAGGACUCAUACCAAACUGGUCCAACACAAUGAUCUAGUCAAUAGUCUAACAAGGACACAUACCAAACUGGUCCAACGCAAGGAUCUAGUCAAUGGUCUAACAAGGACACAUACCAAACUGGUCCAACGCAAGGAUCUAGUCAAUGGUCUAACAAGGACACAUACCAAACUGGUCCAACGCAAGGAUCUAGUCAAUGGUCUAACAAGGACACACACCAAACUGGUCCAACGCAAGGAUCUAGUCAAUGGUCUAACAAGGACACAUACCAUGCUGAACUGGUCCAACACAAUGAUCUAGUCAAUGGUCUAACAAGGACACAUACCAAACUGGUCCAACGCAAGGAUCUAGUCAAUGGUCUAACAAGGACACAUACCAUGCUGAACUGGUCCAACACAAUGAUCUAGUCAAUGGUCUAACAAGGACACAUAUCAUGCUGAACUGUUCUAACACAAUGAUCUAGUCAAUGGUCUAACGAGGACAAAUACCAAACUGGUCCAACACAAUGAUCUAGUCAAUGGUCUAACGAGGACACAUACCAAAAUGGUCCAACACAAUGAUCUAGUCAAUGGUCUAACGAGGACACAUAUCAAACUGAACUGGUACAACAAAUGAUCUAUUCAAUGGUCUAACAAGGACACAUACCAUGCUGAACUGGUCCAACACAAUGAUCUAGUCAAUGGUCUAGCAAGGACACAUACCAAACUGAACUGGUACAACAAAUGAUCUAGUCAAUGAUCUAACAAGGACACAUACCAAACUGAACUGGUCCAACACAAUGAUCUAGUCAAUGGUCUAACAAGGACACAUACCAAACUGAACUGGUCCAACACAAUGAUCUAGUCAAUGGUCUAACGAGGACACAUACCAAACUGGUCCAACACAAUGAUCUAGUCAAUAGUCUAACAAGGACACAUACCAAACUGGUCCAACACAAUGAUCUAGUCAAUAGUCUAACAAGGACACAUACCAAACUGGUCCAACACAAUGAUCUAGUCAAUGGUCUAACGAUGGCACAUACCAAACUGGUCCAACACAAUGAUCUAGUCAAUAGUCUAGCAAGGACACAUACCAAACUGGUCCAACACAAUGAUCUAGUCAAUAGUCUAACAAGGACACAUACCAAACUGGUCCAACACAAUGAUCUAGUCAAUAGUCUAACAAGGACACAUACCAAACUGGUCCAACACAAUGGUCUAGUCAAUGGUCUAAAAAGGACACAUACCAAACUGGUCCAACACAAUGGUCUAGUCGAUAGUCUAACAAGGACACAUACCAAACUGGUCCAACACAAUGAUCUAGUCAAUAGUCUAACAAGGACUCAUACCAAACUGGUCCAACACAUUGAUCUAGUCAAUUCAAUAGUCUAACAAGGACACAUACCAAACUGGCCCAACACAAUGAUCUAGUCAAUGGUCUAACAAGGACACAUACCAAACUGGUCCAAAGCAAGGAUCUAGUCAAUAGUCUAACAAGGACACACACCAAACUGGCCCAACACAAUGAUCUAGUCAAUGGUCUAAGAAAGGUUGAUUUAAAGAAAGACACGGUUUUAAACUUGAGCUUGUUAUGGACCGUUUUGUUCAUUAAUUCAUUGAGUAAACAUUUUUUAAUAAUUGUAAAGCGCUUAGAGCUGUAAGGUAAGCGCUAUACAAAAAAUGCCUAAAUAAAUGCAUUGUUUCAUAUUGCGCUCUCUCUCUCACUCACACGCUCACACACACUGAGACACGCCCCCACACGAGGCCAUCCACACACAUCCUAUAUCAACCCACCAACCAAUUCAUAUACCAACACCUACACGCAUUCCAACCACCCACACCCCUUACCCACCAAUAACUAUAACCACACACACAUGCACACGGAGACCCACCUCGCCUCACCUACAUCCACAUCCACACCCCAAACAUCUACACCCACAUCCACACCUCAAACAUCCACAUCCACAUCCACAUCCACACCCAAAAAUCUAGAUCCACAUCCACACCCCCAAACAUCUACACCCACAUCUACACUCCAAAGAUCUGCACCCACAUCCACACCCCAAAUAUCUACACCCACAUCCAUACUCCAAUCAUCUAAACUCACAUCCACACCCCAAACAUCUACAUCGACAUCCACACCCCCAAACAUAUACACCCACAUCCACACCCCAGGCAUCUACACAUUCAUCAACACCCCAAACAUCUACACCCACAUCCGCUUAGACCAACAUAUCCACAUCUACACCUGUUUCCCACACCCGCAUCUAGACCCACACACACCCCAUCUACACACACCCACAUCACCCACACACCUACAUCCAUCCACACCGACACAGCCACACCUACGCCCGCCACCAACAUCCACCCAUCCCCCCACACUAAUGAUCUCGUCUGGUGUUGUUGACAGGCGUGUGCCCGUAACGCCGCUGGGUGGGGUGAGUGGAGUUAUGAGAUCCAGGUCGUCACCAAGUUUGAGAUCAAGCCCAGCCCCUCGGCACUGCGACAGACCUUCGCCAAUAAGACGUGUAUUGGCUUCCACUGGGCCCCGCCUAUCAAAGACUCCACUGCUAUACACUCGUAUCUGGUGGGUUGGUUGUUUGAAACAUAAAAAAGAAAAAAAAUCAUUUUGUGUUAAUAAGUGUUACUGGUACACAAGUGAAUACCAUUAGAUGUGACGUUGCUUAUAAGAGUCAUCUGUUUUAACUCUUAUUAGAUGUACGGCCUACUGUUCUGAGACUUGGAGCCCAUUUUAGAGACCUUGUUUAAUAGUCGUCUUGCCAGCUGAAUUUGGUUGACAUAAGUUAGACACAACACUACAAACUACAACAAAAGAAUGUAAUGAUAUUAAAAAAGAAAGUUCCAUCCAUAACUAUACAUGUCAGUGUCACCAAUGUUAAUGGUGCUGUCAAUGUCACCACUGUUAAUUGUACUGUCAGUGUCACCACUGUUAGUGGUGCUGUCAGUUUCAGCACUGUCAAACCUAUUUCCAUCCCUCUGCUGUUAUUAACAAAUUUGUUUUUAUUAUUGCAAUCUAUUAUCUAAGACAGGCCUGCACAACAAACGACCCGCUAGCCGCAUGCGGCCCGCCACCACCCCCUUUGCGGCCCGCGAAAUAACGGAAUAUACUUUAUUAUUUUUUUUCUUAAUAGCUUCCCCCCCUUGUCCUAUUUUCUUUCGGCCCGCACAAAUUUUUCAUAAAGUAUUACGGCCCACCUUAAAUUUUGAGUGGCGCAGGCCUGGUCGAAGACAUCUACUCUCCUUAUCUGCACCUAGGUCACUAUGAAAGCAUAGAACUAAUAAUUGUAUGAUUAUAAUCCAGUUUCCCUUGUCCCCCUCCGUACAGGUCUCUCUGAGCACACUGGACAAGAAGUUGCUACCGAUCAGUGCCACAGUGAACCGAGACAGCUUCGACCACCUCCAGUGUUACCUCUCUCCGUACACGCAGUACUCGGUGACCGUCAGCGUGGUCAAGGAGACUGGACAAAUCGGUCACCCGCUCGGGUCAAGGAUGUGGACAGAAGGAAUGGUGCCUCCCAAACCUCGGCCACCGGUGGUUCGCACUGUGAGUAGUAUUGGAUGUGGUGUGACGUAUCAGGCAUCGGAUAUUGUUAUCAGGUAAUAGUUAUGUCGAAUGUCGAUCUAAACCAAUGAAUACACCCGUUGGUUUGGUUACAGCAUGUGCCAAGUGAACCAUUACAAUGCUUAACCCAAUGUCUUUCUUUUUUUCGUUUGCUUCAGGUGACGACGUCAACGAUCACCGUCGAAAUAUUUCCUGUCAUAUUCGACAAUGGACCCAUCACAUCCUACCAGAUCCGGCUGCUGCGUGUCCUGCAUAACCACACCAUCAAGGACCCACAUCCUUUCGGUGAAAAUGUGAGAGAUGUAUUGCACUUCAUGGUUAUGGUAUACGUUAUCAGACCGUUCAUGCUGACAGGACAUCGUGACAUUGCAUGCUGACUGGAGAUGGUGACAUUGCAUGCUGACUGGAGAUGGUGACAUUGCAUGCUGACUGGAGAUGGCGACAUUGCAUGCUGACUGGAGAUGGUGACAUUGCAUGCUGACUGGAGAUGGUGACAUUGCAUGCUGACUGGAGAUGGUGACAUUGCAUGCUGACUGGAGAUGGCGACAUUGCAAGCUGACAGGACAUGCUGAUAUUGCAUGCUGACAUGACAUGUUGACAGUGCAUGCUGACUGUAAAUGGUGACUGACAUGAUGACUGGACAUGCUGAUUGGACAUGGUGACAUGACAUGCUGUGCCCCAUCGCCCGGAAAGUAGACCAGUCAGUGGGCUAAGACAUUUUAUUUAAGACGUAAAAAAAUGAUUUAUUGAGUAGUGUGAGCAAUUUGUAAAAUUAGUUAACAAUGUGGUGAAAGUGCAAAAUUACCAAUAUCCACUCCAAUAUCACCAAUGACCACUCCACAUUACCAACGACUACGCCAAAUUACCAAUGACUAUUUCAUAUCACAAAUGACUACUUCAUAUUGCAAUACCCAUUUCACAUUACCAAUGACAACAUCACAUUAUCAAUUACUAAGACAUGUUACCAAAAUAUCCAAAAUGACCAGUGACCACUCCAUAUUACCAAUCACCACUCCUUAAUGACCAGUGAUAACUCAAAAAUGACCAGUGACAUCUCCAUAUUACGAAUGACCACUCCAAAAUGACCAAUGGCCACUCCAUAUUACCAAACACCACUCCAAAAUGACCAGUGACCACUCCAUAUUACCAAUGACCACUCCAAAAUGACCAGUGACCACUCCUAUAUGACCAGUGACCACGCCAAAAUGACCAAUGACCACUCCAAAAUAACCCCCUCCGCAUUUGACAAGACCUUUUAUUUCACAGGCUUUCCAGCCUAACGUGCCACUCUCGUUCCUGGAUGAAGCAGGUAUUGGUGCUGCACCAAAACUUCGACCAGCAGCGGGUGGCCCACCCCUGCCCCAGAGGAAUCAAGUGCCCAUCAUUAAGCCCGUGGGAAAGGUAUGACUAGGUGAAGUUAUGGCUACGUGAAUUUAUGGCUAAGUGAAUUUAUGGCUAGGUGACACUUUGGCUAGAUGAAUUUAUGCUAGAUGAUACUAUGGCUAGAUGACGUUAUGGCUAGAUGACGUUAUGGCUAGAUGACACUAUGGCUAGAUGAAUUUAUGCUAGAUGACACUAUGGCUAGAUGACUUUAUGGCUAGGUGACAUUAUGGAUAGAUGACUUUAUCCUAGAUGACACUAUGGCUAGAUGACGUUAAGGCUAGAUGACAUAAUGGCUAGAUUGCGUUAGGUGUCAUUAUGACUAGAUGACGUAUGUUGCUGAGAGUUAAUAGUCGUACUUAUAGGUAUGGCUAGAUGAUACUUUUCACGUGUAUUUAAAGUUUGGCUAGAUGAUACUUUUCACGUGUACUUAAAGGUAUGGCUAGAUGAUACUUUUCACGUGUACUUAAAGGUAUGGCUAGAUGAUAAUUUUCACGUGUACUUAAAGGUAUGGCUAGAUGAUACUUUUCACGUGUACUUAAAGGUAUGGCUAGAUGAUACUUCUCACGUGUACUUAAAGGUAUGGCUAGAUGAUACUUUUCACGUGUACUUAAAGGUAUGGCUAGAUGAUACUUUUCACGUGUACUUAAAGGUAUGGCUAGAUGAUACUUCUCACGUGUACUUAAAGGUAUGGCUAGAUGAUACUUUUCACGUGUACUUAAAGGUAUGGCUAGAUGAUACUUUUCACGUGUACUUAAAGGUAUGGCUAGAUGAUACUUUUCACGUGUACUUAAAGGUAUGGCUAGAUGAUACUUUUCACGUGUACUUAAAGGUAUGGCUAGAUGACAUUUCUCAGAGUUGUUAGUCGUAUUUAAAGGUGUAUGGCUAGAUGACAUUCCUCAGAGUUGUUAGUCGUAUUUAAAGGUGUAUGGCUAGAUGACAUUUCUCAGAGUUGUUAGUCGUAUUUAAAGGUGUAUGGCUAGAUGACAUUUCUCAGAGUUGUUAGUCGUAUUUAAAGGUGUAUGGUUAGAUGACUUUUCUCAGAGUUGUUAGUUGUACUCAUAGGCAUGGCGAGAUGACAUUUAUCAGAAUUGUUAAUCGUACUCGGAUAUUUAGUAACUUUAAAGAUUUUGAAUCAUUAUUGUAUAUUAAUUAUCGUUAUCAUAUAAGAUACAAGUAUUUUACUUCAGUAGCUAUUUUUAUUAGUACUAUUUGUGUCAGUGUUACUAUUAGUAUUUGCGUUCUUCUACUCACAGCGAUCAAUUCCAGAGUUCGACCUGCCGAACGUCAACACAAGUCCCAUGGCCUUAGAACCUAACGAUGGGCGUAUCGUUCUGUGGGCAGUUGCCCCUUUCAGUGCCCGACAGUGCUCCCUCAAGGUGUGGUUCAGAGAAUGGAAAGGAAACCUAGGGGCGUCUAAAGAUCUGGUGCUAACCCACUGCAAUAAGGACACGGUCAAGCGAACUGAACCAUUGGCUGUUGGAGCGCUGCCUAAACCACGGCCACAUCCACGUUACGAUACCAGACCUGGGGCAGACGCUCUAGGGAGAGUCUCCGUGAGUAGUGACGUGACGUUAGGGAAAGCCGGCGAAAUGUUUGGGCUGAAAAGUGGCGAGACGGGCUUCAAAGGUAGACAACAAACGGUGGGAGAGGACCCAAGGUACGGAGAUUGGCGUGAGAGAAGAGCGUUCUACGGCAGGCCGCGAACGAAGAGGUCGUUUGGGAGUCCACCAGGCAUCUUGUGGUUGGAGUUGUCGAACAAUGACUUAAGCGAGGCUACGUAAGUUAUGCAUUUUAGUCAGACAAUGUAAGUAAUAAAUAUUAGUCAUUGAGGCGAUUUAAGUAAUAAAUAUUAGUCAUACAGGCAGUGUGAGUAAUAAAUAUUAGUCAUAUAGGCAGUGUAAGUAAUAAAUAUUAGUCAUACAGGCAGUGCAAGUAAUAAAUAUUAGGCAUUCAGGUAGUGUAAGUAAUAAAUAUUAGUCAUAUAGGCAGUGUAAGUAAUAAAUAUUAGUCAUGCUGGCAGUGUAAGUAAUAAAUAUUAGUCACACAGGCAUUGUAAGUAAUAAAUAUUAGUCAUGCUGGCAGUGUAAGUAAUAAAUAUUAGUCACACAGGCAGUGUAAGUAAUAAAUAUUAGUCAUGCUGGCAGUGUAAGUAAUAAAUAUUAGUCACACAGGCAGUGUAAGUAAUAAAUAUUAGUCAUGCUGGCAGUGUAAGUAAUAAAUAUUAGUCACACAGGCAGUGUAAGUAAUAAAUAUUAGUCAUACAGGCAGUGUAAGUAAUACAUAUUAGUCACACAGGCAGUGUAAGUAAUAAAUAUUAGUCACACAGGCAGUGUAAGUAAUAAAUAUUAGUCAUGCUGGCGAUGUAAUUAAUACAUUUUAGUUAUGCAGGUAUUGUAAGGUAUGUGUUAAAACAUGUCCUGUUUCUGUUUGUCAAUCAUGGUAUAUUUAAGGCAUGUUCUGUCUCUGCUUGUCAGCCUAAUGUUAAAACAUGUUCUGUUUCCGCUUGCCCAGGUAUGUGACUAUUGGCGAUGAAAAGAUGUAUUACGGCAAACGGAACCAGGCCCUUGAGCCGGACACGGAGUACGGCAUCGUCUUUGUAGUGGCCAGCACCGUGGUGGACGUGACCAAGCACGCGUACGUCCUGGCCACCACCACCGCCUUCACUCAGCGCAAAAAGGUGGGUUCUGGGACAUAGGGCUGAAUAUUUAUAAAGUUAGGAAAGGGGCUGUGUGUGAGCUGUGGGGCAACUAACCUAAUACAGGGGGCUGUGUGUGAGCUUUGGGGAAACUAACCUAAUACAGGGGGCUGUGUGUGAGCUUUGGGGCAACUAACCUAAUUCAGGGGGCUGUCUUUGAGCUUUGGGGCAACUAACCUAAUACAGGGGGCUGUGUGAGAGCUUUGGGGCAACUAACUUAAUACAGGGGGCUGUGUGUGAGCUUUGGAGUAACUAACCUAAUACAGGGGGCUGUGUGUGAGCUUUGGCGUAACUAACCUAUGAGAAGAGACUGUCUGUGAGCUGUGACCUAAAUAGGCUAUUUAAAGGGAUCCUGUGGGCUUGGGACUUUGUGUGGGCUAUGGCGUAACUGGGCUAUUUGAAAUGGAACCUAUGCGAAGUUGUUUUCUGUGAGCUAUGGGGUAACUAAGUAAUUUAAAUGGAUCCUAUGAUUGGGGGCUAUGUGUAAACUAUCGUGUAGAUAAUAUAAGGGGGACCCCAUGCAACACGUUUUGUAAAGUCUAAAAAUUCAACAUGCAUUGGGAUCUAUAGGAAGGAAGUUUUGUGUAGAAGGAAGUAGUAUGUAGAAAGAAGGUAUGUGUGCAGAAGGAAGUUGAGGGUAGGAAGUUGAGUUUAGGAAGUUGAGUGUAGGAAGUUGAGUGUAGAAUUAUUUGUGUAGAAUUUUUGUGUGUACAAAGCUCUGUGUAAGAAUUUGAGUGCAGAGAGUAGUGUGUAGGAAGCUGUAUUUAGGACUUUGUGUCUAGGAAUUUUUAUGCAGGAAGUAGUUUGUAGGAAGCUGUUUGCAGAACGUUAUGUGUAAGGAGAUAUGAGAAGCAAGUUGUGUCAUUUCUUGAAAAUGACUAAAGUGUAUCAAUAUUUUGUUGAAAAUUAUAACGACCAUAACUGUUACCCACUGAAGAUGAUUGAAAAUCUGGCCCCAAAGAGGCGAUAACUUCUGAAUUUGUGCGGGGAGCAAACUAAUUUCACCAACUUAAGAGCGAAGCAUAGUGUAAACUGUAUUUCCUUGAAAUAUUUCUGAGCCUAGAGCAUGUGCUCUUAACCAGGGAGCCUGUGCUAGAGUGUACCGGUGCUAGAGUGUACCGGUGCUAGAGUGUACCGGUGCUAGAGUGUACCGGUGCUAGAGUGUACCGGUGCUAGAGUGUACCGGUGCUAGAGUGUACCGGUGCUAGAGUGUACCUGUGUCACUAACUAAAAGUUGAUUGACUGCUGAUUCUAGUUGUCCUUAGCUAAACGUUUAUGGCCAGAUGAUCCUAUUUGGCAUUAAAUAAAAAAUGUUGGUGUACGUGUCAAAUCUGAUGCAUCUUGAUAUUAAAAGAAAUUAAAAAAAGAACACGAUGUUGCAGAAAAACGAACACCUUUAAAAAAUAAUGUUUUGCGAAUCUCCCCUGUGAUCUUCGGCUCAAUUAAAUAUGGUUAAAUGUAAUGAGCGGUAAAUGAAACUUAUAAAAAAGAAUAUUUAUGCAUUUAACUAACCUGUCAACUUAAGGACAUCGGGGAAGGGGGAAGGGAGCGUGGUGGAAGGAAAUGUUCUGAAAUCGAGAGGGGGGGGGGGCUGCGGCGCAAAAGAUUGAGAGUCCCUUGUCCUUGACCUUCGCGUCAUACUGUUAUAUUUAAGCACCACUGCCAUGAUGGUGUGAAGCGUUAUGUUGUGUGUGUGUGAGGGAUAGGGGCAUAACCAUUAUGUCAUUAUGACUUUCAUGGGUUAGAAUUCCUUUUUUUUUAACAGGAAGAAUUAAUGACUGCGAGAGAAAAGAUCAUAAUACUUGCAGCAGUGAUACCAGCUCUGUUGUUGCUCUUCAUUAUCAUGGGAUUUUUCGUCAUUCGGUGAGUCAUCUACAUGGUCAUCUCCUUUAUGUCAUGAUUUCAUUCGGUGAGUCAUCUACAUGGUCAUCUCUUUUAAGUCAUGAUUUAAACAACAUGGAGAGUUCAAUCUUGUAUCAAGUCCAACUGUGGGAGGAAAGAUUUGGUAACGUAGCCCCCACCUCCCCCCUCCCCCCCCCCAUAUUCCCCAAAAGCACCCAAUAAUUCGUCUUGUAUCAUCUGUAGCUGUAUGGCAACACCCGUAUGGAUCUGACUCGUUCUGUGAUUUCUAUUUGAUUUGGCGUCAGGACAGGCUUGGCUUGAGGGCGGGUUGGGACAGGGGAGUGUUGGGGGGGGGGGGGGCAUACUAGUUCUGUUGGGGAUUUUAAGUGUGUUGGUGAUGUUAGGUGCGUUGAGGAUGUUGAUGGUGUUUGAAGUUUUGGAUGUUUGGGAUUUUGGGGACUUUGGGGAUGUUUGGUGGUGUUGGAGAUUCAUAAGAUGUUGGAGAAUUUGGGGAUUUUAGGAUGUUGGAGAAUUUUGGGAUAUUUAGGAUGUUGGGGAAUUUUAGGAUGUUGGAAACUUUUGUGAUGUUUAGGAUGUUGGAGAAUUUUAGGAUGUAUAGGAUGUUGGAGAAUUUUGGGAUAUUUAUGAUAUUGGAGAAUUUUAGGAUGUUGGAGAAUUUUGGGAAGUUUAAGAUGUUGGAGAAUUUUAGGAUUUAUAGGAUGUUGGAGAAUUUUGGGAUAUUUAUGAUAUUGGAGAGUUUUAGGCUGUUUGAGAAUUUUAGGAUGUAUAGGAUGUUGGAGAAUUUUGGGAUGUUUAGGAUGUUGGAGAAUUUUAGGAUGUAGAGGAUGUUGGAGAAUUUUAGGAUGUAUAGGAUGUUGGAGAAUUUUGGGAUCUUUAGGAUAUUGGAGAAUUUUAGGAUAUUGGAGAAUUUUGGGAUCUUUAGGAUAUUGGAGAAUUUUGGGAUCUUUAGGAUAUUAGAGAAUUUUAGGAUGUUCGAGAAUUUUGGGAUGUUUAGGAUGUUGGAGAAUUUUGGGAUGUUAAGGAUAUGGGAGAAUUUUGGGAUCUUUAGGAUGUUGGAGAAUUUUGGGAUCUUUAGGAUAUUGGAGAAUUUUAGGAUGUUGGAGAAUUUUGUGAUGUUUAGGAUUUUGGAGAAUUUUGGGAUGUUUAGGAUGUUGGAGAAUUUUGGGAUGUUUAGGAUAUUGGAGAAUUUUGGGAUUGUAGGAUGUUGGAGAAUUUUGGGAUGUUUAGGAUGGAGAAUUUUAUGAUUUUUAGGAUUUUGGAGAAUUUUGGGAUGCUUAGGAUGUUGGAGAAUUUUUGGAUUUUUAGGAUUUUGGAGAAUUUUGGGAUGUUUAGGAUAUUUGAGAAUUUUGCGAUAUUUAGGAUGUUGGAGAAUGUUGCGAUAUUUAGGAUGUUGGAGAAUGUUGCGAUAUUUAGGAUGUUGGAGAAUUUUUUUCUUUCAUUAUUUCUUUUUUUUAAAGAAUCCGUUUGAAAAAAAAUUCCGAUGACAAAUUUCUUUGACACAAAUUUCUUUGACACAAAUUUCUUUGACACAAAUUUCUUUGACACAAAUUUCUUUCUUAAAAAUUUCCUAAUACGACUUGACAAAGAUCCCUCAAUUUAAAGGAUUCUGUUUAAAAAUUAAAUUUUUAUUGUCACAUUUCCAUACACAGGGCCGUGCUAAAAGGGGGUUGGGGUGUGGGAGAGAAGCCCAGGUGCCAAUUUAUGGGGACGCCCAAGUCGUAACUAUAUAUAUAACUCUCUUUCUCUCUCUCUCUCUCUCUCCAUAUAUAUAUAUAUAUAUAUAAAUUUGUGUAUGUAGAUAUACACGUCUGUUGUGGGGCUCGUAUCUCACGUAUUAAUGAAAAUUAUUAAUCACAACUCAAUUCCACUUGAUACUGGAUAAUUCUAACGUGUUCCUUGGUCGCUAUUCAUAUUUAAGUUUUUGGCUUAUCGUUUACAGUCACCUUAUAAUGGCGGGAAAGGAAGAGAAAAGGAAGAAGGCAUCUGAGUCGGAUGACAGACGGAAGAAGAAAAAUAUGGAUGACAACAAUGACGAGGUGGACGAGGAAUCUAAUGAGGACUACGACAUGCCGUUACAAGUAAGUUACAGAUAUGCAUCCAUGGUUGUACUUAAUGCCGUUAUAGGUAAUAUACAGAUAUGAAUGUGGUGUAAUCAAUGCCCUUACAGACAAGUUACAGGUAUGUAUUUAUGUGGUGUAGUAAAUGCCCCUACAUGUAAGUUACAGGUAAGUUACAGGUAUGUAUUAUGUGGUGUAGCCAAUGCCCUUUCAGGUAAGUUAUAGGUAAGUUACAGGUAAGUUACAGGUAAGAUAAAGAUAUGUAUGUGGUUUAACCAGUGCCCUAACAUGUAAGUUACAAGUAAGUUACGGGUAUGUAUUUAUGUGGAGUAACCAAUGCCCUUACAGGUAAUUUACAGUCUAUCUGGGGGUGCGCAGGUAACUGAUGAGACCGAUUCCGUCAGUAAAUGUAAUUAUAUGGUAGGCGUCGUGCUGUUUCAGUUUCCAGGUGAAAAGCUAAGUCGGGAUUUUCUCCCUUGUCUUUUUUUUUCCUCCGCAAAAUAAUCGAUAUAAUCUUUAUAAUGAAAGAGUCCAAGCAAAUAACCAAUAAUAUGAAUUGCUUCUAGAAAAGUUGCCUAGAUGAUAAUGGGUUCAGAGAUAACUAGCACAUAUCAUGAAACGUCAACAUCGAGAAAAUUGAGUAGAUCACAUUAAUUGAACAAGUCAAGGUUCAGAUAAAUGAAUUUCAAGAGAGAUAAUCCAGUAAACAUUUUAGGAGCCGAUGUUUCACAUAUCGUUUCCCUUUAUUAAAUGUAAUAUUUCUUAAAAGGCUUGACAGUAAGUCUAAGUGUAAAUGUCCUUCUAGCGACUCCGCUCUAUUUCCUGUAUAGAGCUGAACCCACUCCUCACACCAUGUAAUCCGUUUGUUUCCCCAGGUCGGAGACUCCAGUGAUUUUCUCUCCAGGCCAGCAAAGGCGAACUCCAAACUUGAGCAGUUCUUCAAUCCCACCAAAUCGGUGGGUCAGCCAAGGUAUGUGUUAAAAUCCCACCAAAUCGGUGAGUCAGCCAAGAUAUGUCUUAAAAUCCCACCAAAUCGGUGGGUCAGCCAAAGUAUGUCUCAAGUAGUGUCACCAGGUGAUAUGUGUUUUAAAAUUAAAUUUCCAGAACAAGCGAAUAUGCAGCUGAGCUCUAGACUAAAAGUGUUGAAAUCGCGAGCCUAAUAAUGUUUCCAAAAUUGUCCAAAUCAUCAAUAAACAUUUUUAAAUGAAACUGUUUAAGAUGUGACAUUAAUAUAUUUAGGAAAAUAACAAGAAUAUCUUACCAGAUGUCUGGUAAUGUCACUCUACAGAGAGUUGCUGUUGAAUUCCCCUCAUAUUUAAAUUCACUGAUUUUUAAAAAUCCAUAAAUAGGUCUAAAAACUGUUUUGAGUUUUUUUUUAUAGUUCUCACUCAUCAUUUAGAAAGUCAUUCAAGUGGAGUCCAUACAUGCUUGGCUAUUAUUGUUUUUUGGCAAAUAAUACCCGCAACGGGAUUAAAACUGGCGUCGUUUACUCCCCACAGGUACAUCACCACCAUGCGAGACAACAUCAUGUACGAUGACAACAGGAACAAGGCUCUGUCGGACGCCGACGACAACAACAGCGCCGACCUCAGGCCGAUGGUGUCCGGGCAGGCUUGCAGCCUGACCUCUAGCUCGGACCUUCAACACGUUGAAUCCGACUGUGACUGUGAUGGUCACCCGCCAGCCCACUGGGAGUACAGCGACAACAUCAACAACAACCGUGGCGGUAGGUUCGCGUCGCCCGCGAGCACCAACACCACAGUCGGCAGCCACAGUUCCAUGAUAUGUCCAGCAGACGAGGAAAGUUUUACGCGACAACUGCUUCCCGGGGGCGUCGACAUUGCCCGGACCUCCAGUCGCUGUCAGAAAGAUGAGGUCAUCAAGAUUUGCAUUAACAACGACGGCUCCGACGGCUCCGACGGGGACGAGGCGGACCUUGAGUCGAGCUGUAUCGACAGUCCUCCGCGGGCGUACUCGGGUGUGGGUUACGCCUUGAUCGACCCUGUCAGCCCACUCAACGGUUCAUCCGAUGAAGAUCAACACGGGAUGGCUCAAAGUGUGCCGUUCUGUCCAAACAGCUUGCAAGUUUCACGAUCUACCACACGCACUCCAGCUGUACCGUCAAAAUCAGGAGUUGUGAAACAGAGAAGACCGGAGCAGGUUGCGCUGUCCUGGGACGUCAACAAUAAUUCUAGAAAUGUGGACGACUCCUUCGAGGAUGCGGAUAACCGUGCGUGCAGUCAAGGAAGGAUUUCGCCUGGACUAAAUGUAUUCACACCCGGCACAACGUUGACGACAAACAUUUUCAGCUCCAAAGUCUGGACUUCGGACAUGUUUCAGUCCGAUACGACCGCUAUCAUCAAACCUUUUUGCGACUCAAAAGAUGCUGACAGCGAACAUUUCCAGCGGGUUGGUGGUCUGCUGACAAUUUCUUUGAAUGAAAAGAAAUUGUGCGCUGAGAUCGAACCCAGGAAGAAAGAUAUUGAAUGCAUUGAUAUCGAUGGUAGAAAGAGCGAUUUGAUAGAAUCUUUCGUCAAUGAUGUUCUCAAGAACUAUUCCUCGAGUUCAUCACGAUGUUCGAAAAGGGACGACAACAACAGCAAUAACAACAAGGAUAUCAGAAUCGGUUCACAAGAUUGUGACCUGUCAUGGUUCCAUGGCCUCCCAGUCCAAGACAAAGAAACGACUGACCUUGAUGGUUCGGCAGCAGUGGACACCACGGCAUGCAGUGGCUCGCCUACAAGCGCCAGUGACAUAGAAACAAUCGCCCUGAACGAUCCGGGCGCGGAGAUCAACCAGUGCGCAUGCGGUGGCCUGCCUGAUUCCGCAUGCAGUUUUUCCAAAACGAACUUUUCUCAUCUUCCCCAUUCACCACGCCCCACGAACAGACCCAGCAACAUCCCAGCGUUCCGACUGGGCGCAGGUUGUAGCUCUGUACCUGGAUCUGAAACAAUGUUCAAGUCGACCUUCAUUUGUAAGAGUUCAAGGCCAUUUGACCCUAUAUCUUCAAUGGACAACACCCCAACCCAAUCUGGUCUCAGUGCACCGAGUGCGAAGCGUGCUCUGGCCGUGCCUGUCAAUGUCAGGGACAUGCAGCGAAUGGACGAGCACACUGUUUCUAUGGACACAGAGCAACUCCAAAACCUGGGUCUGAAAGGCAGACUUCAGAGUGUCGGGUAUGAUCAUCGUGAAACUCUAAGUCUGUUUUCAGAGACUGCUAGUUCCAGGCACCCGCGCAAAGCACAGCGUGUCAUAGACACGAGCCACAGCACAGACUUCUUCAGGUGGGAUUUUCAAAGUUAUAACGUUAUGGUCGAAUCGAGCGACAACAACUGCGACUGUCUUAAUGUUGACCAUUGGCAAAUGGUCGACGUUUGUGAGGUGGGAGCAGAGGGCGUGACCCUCGACCACGACUUCCGUGAAUGGGAACAGGUCAUGGUCUCAGACGAAGGAACAGCUCCUUAUGGGGGCCCGUGCCACGAAUGCAACCCGGUCGACCAGAACAACAACAGCACCCGUCGUUGCUGCUGCUGUUGUUGUGAAUGCAAAGAGGACGAUAAAAAUUAUCCAUAUGAAAGCGAGUCGGACUUGGACAGAUCCCUGCAUGGUCUCCCCAAGAUAUCGCAACCGACGACCUCGGACAAGGCGAGACAGGACGUCAAACACGAAAAGUCACUUGAGGAGUUGGCCAAUUAUUUUAUAGCCAAUGUUCCCACGAAGAAGUCCGUGGCUUACCCCGAGAAAGAGGACGCCCCUUCCAAGACCGUGGUUAACAGCAACGCCAACAACAACUGUGACUCGGCCGACGGCAAUGGAUGUCUGAGAAGCCCGCGUCCGACCGACGAUGGGGAUGUAAAGACCAGGAGAGAACUCGUGGGUGCAGGUGGUGAGGGCGGUAAAGUUCGUCUGCUGAGGAAGCGAGGGAAAGGAACUAACAAAGAGGCCGGGAAAAGAUGCGGUGGGACUACAAGUGACUCGUGUGCAAGUGAUGGUGACGUGUCUAGCAGAGAAGUUAUGAGUGACGUCACUGAUAAGGAUUUUGGUAUUUUGGGGUCAGCAAAUAAAAAUGUCGAUAGAAAACGAAUGCAACGCCACUGGGGUAAACAUAGCAAAGGACUUGGUAACAUCUUCAAAAAUGCGUCUAAACUUCAAUGUAGCUUUGGAAAUUCCUGCAAUCCGAAUGACAGAGUGGACACCGCAUUCCCCAUUAGUACAAAGAAGUCGGUGUCUUUUGUGUUUAGAAAGAAGAAAAGAAGAGAAACUGACGCGACGGAGCACGCCUGCAGCAGAGCAAAGUCAGGCAUGAAAGAAGUCCCGUGUAGUAAUAACAGAAAGGGUGGGUGGGCAAAAGCAAAGAUGGCGGAGGGUGACUUGAGCAGUAACAGAUCACCGGACAGGGCAUUGCAGUGUCGCUACAGUGCACCACAAGGGGACCAAUCAGAUGAAGAGUCAGAUGACGAUGACACGGAUGAUUCAGAAAACGAUGAAUCGGUGACGGAGUCAGGAGACGGGGAGUCAGAGACUGAAUCGGAAAUGGAAUCAGAGGUGGAGACCUGCGCGAAAAGUUACACCACACCUAACAAAGUAACUAGGACCACGCCUUCGCAUCCAUCACCACAGAGAUCGUCCCCUAAAACAGACAACCCUGAGGUUGAGACGGGUCAACAAUCUUCGGGAAUGACGGAAUACCCAAAUGUCGCAACGCCCCAGGAGGCCGCCAGCAGCAAACCACCGAAAAAACGAUGGUUUUCGUUUUGGCCAUUCGCGAAGAAAACCACAGAAAAGAUGAAAGAAGCGAAACAAGGUGACAGUAUGCCGGAUGAAAAAAAUUUUGAUCGCUCGAACCACGGGAAGGACGGCGUCAAGAAAAGGCCGGAAAGAAGCAUGUCUGACACAGCGGUUCAAAAGAACGCUUGGAGCAUUGACAAAUUUAAGAAACUCAACGGUCCACUGCUUCAAGGAUCGGUGCCUGGGUUCUUACCGUAUCCGAUUACCGUUAGCCCCGUCGUGUACCCAGCCCUCACACAGGUCACGCCCCGAUACCCCGUCUUGGCAAAUCACAUCCCUACUUGCGUUCCCCAGUUGCAGCCUUACCACGUCUACCCCCGGCCCCUGAUGAACAUGAACUACAGCCGGAAGUAUGAGGCGCCGCCGACGAGAGAAAGGCAGACGCCGAAUCGCCACGCAUGUGCGUACUAGUGUUUACGUUGAAAACACAAAAAAAUGUCGGUUUGUAAACUAGAACAAAAUCAAUGAGGCCAAGAGAGAAAGAUACAGAGAUUCACGUAAAGAGACGCAGCCAAAUUUGGUGCGAAUUCUCCGGAACUGAAGCGCGCUCUGGCCGUUAUUUCCUCUCUAUUAUUUUAUUCUAUUUUACAAAUCUUUGUUUGAAUAAGAUGGAUUUCUUCUA